AAAAUUUAGCGAUUUACCAGCUAACGAAGUGUGGUAACAUUUUUUUUCCGACACCCUGUGUCUAUUGUGUCCGAUUACAAAGAGACACUCGCCAUAGAGAGGGUUAAGGGCGCUGUUACAAAGGACGGGUUCCAAUUGAAAUUUACGUGGAAUCAAAUCGAAAGAUCAAGCAUGUCUGCAUCACCCAUUGCAAGGCAGGCCACGCAGAGCCAAAGUAUACCUUCAAAGAAAAUAUUGUUCACCGACCCUAGUCAAUUGCCCGCUAAUUAUUCGUCCACCCCCGGCGGAACGCUUUUUUCGACUACACCCGGAGGUACCCGCAUAGUUUAUGAACGUGAUUUCUUGAUGAAUUUACAAAAUUCUCCUAUAUCGCGAACACCGCCACAAAAUGUAUCGUCUAUACCAACGGAAUUAUUGAAAAAUACACCUUUGAAUAGCACAGCACACGUCAAAGCUCAAACCAACAGAGAUACUCCAGCAAUAGAAGAGUCCACAGAACAGUUUGAAAUGGACAUGUAACAAAAAUUGUGAUUACAAUUGUGGUUCUAAUUGCAUCAAUUGUUUAUACAAAUAGUGAUAAUCGAUUUAAUUGAAGAAAAUAUAUUAGUAACAUACCCUUUUGUAUAUCAUGCUCUGUUGGAUCUUAUAGGCAUAGGUUUUUAAAGGAUUCAAUUAAAAGUCCACAAUUAACAUAUAAUGAUAGCAGAUUAACAAAAGAAAUGUAUAAUAAAUUGUUUUGUACGCUACAUUAAAAAAAUUGGUAUCAUUAUUAAUAAAUAAUAUUUUGACAGUAUUA